GUCGCCCCUCGCCGCCUUCCUCUUCCAACUUGACCUUCCCUUUGAAGAGGGACAUUGCGCCCAACCCUCUUCAUUAGCUAUCGUAGCUGGAGUAUUCGCCGCAUCUGCGGCAGGUUCUUCGGGUUUUCAGAUCCCGUCAUUCACUACAUCGGCCCAAUGAAGGAUCUUUGAUACCGCGAGCACAUGGUACGAGUAUAACAUGGCGCAUGGCAACAGAUCAGUUUCGUUCUCAGCAUUCGUGAUUGGACUCCUCGAAUACCCCUCCUGAUUCUCGAAACGGAGAAAUCAUCAAGAUUGAAAACCGAUUUCAGAAAGUAAUAUAAAGGCUCGAUCUUCCACUUCAUGUGCAUUUGUGGAAGGUCUUGACCGCCAUGUAUGCGAGUCCGUCGAUGUUAUCGACUGCAACCCUCCUCUUCCUUUCGCUCUUCAAUGGCAAUGGCGUUUUGGGUAAACCAACCGCUGAACAUAAUGAUACUCUCUUCCCUCUGGCACCCUCUGGAUCCAAAUCUGUCAUAAUUCAGAUGUUUGAGUGGACAUGGAAUAGCAUUGCUUCGGAGUGCACUAACUUCAUAGGUCCAGCUGGUUAUGGUUUUGUUCAAGUCAGUCCGCCGGCAGAACAUGUCCAGGGCUCCCAAUGGUGGACAGACUACCAGCCUGUCUCUUACACUCUGACAUCCAAACGCGGGAAUAGACAACAAUUCCAGAACAUGGUCAAUACCUGCCAUUCUGCCGGAGUCAAGGUCAUCGCAGAUACACUCUUAAAUCAUAUGGCUGGUAGCGAUUCCGGUACCGGCAUUGGAGGAUCUUCGUUCACGCAUUACAACUAUCCUGGUAUUUAUCAAAAUCAGGACUUCCAUCAUUGCGGAUUGGAACCCGGUGAUGAUAUCGCCAACUACGGCAUUCGCGCGGAAGUUCAGACAUGUGAACUCGACAACCUUGCAGACUUAGCAACGGAUACCGAAUAUGUCCGAGGUCGACUGGCUACAUACGUCAAUGAUCUUCUUUCACUUGGUGUUGAUGGUCUACGAUUGGAUGCUGCGAAACACAUUGCUUCUGGAGACAUCAGCAACAUCUUGGGCCGUCUGAGCUCGAGACCGUACAUCACUCAAGAAGUCAUAUUUGGAGCUGGGGAGGCUGUUCAGCCUUCGGAGUAUGUCAACAAUGGUGACGUACAAGAAUUCAGGUUUGCCACCACUGUGAGGGACUCGUUUUUGAACGGCGCGAUAUCCGGUCUUCAGAACCUCGAUAACAGAGGCUGGGUAUCCGGAACCCAAGCAAACGUAUUCGUAACAAACCACGACACGGAGCGUAAUGGCGGCUCGCUGAAUAGUAGAUCACCCUCAAAUACAUAUGUGACUGCGACGAUCUUCUCGCUCGCUCAUCCUUACGGAACGCCUACCAUUCUUUCUAGUUACUCCUUCUCGACCAUCGACGAUGGUGCCCCGAACGGUGGCACGGGCACUUGUUCAGCUACAGGAGGCGCAAACGGUUGGUUAUGCCAGCAUCGUUGGGUCGCCUUCUCCGGAAUGGUGGGGUUCCGGAACACUGUUGGCACGGCAGCCAUUACGAACUGGGUUUCGCCUCAAUCUAACCGAAUUGCUUUUGGCCGAGGAUCCGCUGGUUUCGUAGCAAUCAAUAACGCCGAUUCAGCUUGGAGUUCUCAAUUCUCCACGUCCCUCCCGAACGGAAACUAUUGUGAUGUUAUUAGCGGGAAGAGCUCGUCGGGAGCAUGUACUGGUGUUGGCGUCGCUGUCUCCGGUGGCUCGUUUACCGCAACUAUUCCAGCGCGAAGUGCGCUCGCGAUACAUACGGGAGCUAAAGGAAGCGGCGGAAGUACAGGUGGUAGUGGUAGUGGAGGAAACGUUGCGGUUACGUUUGUGGAGACUGCUACGACGGUUUUGGGCGAGAACAUCUUCCUUGCUGGUAGCAUUCCAGAGCUGGCGAACUGGGACCCCACGUCUGCGCUGGCGUUGUCUUCUGCUAACUAUCCUCAGUGGUCGGUCACGGUUAAUAUCCCUGCUAACACCCAGUUCGAGUACAAGUUUAUACGGAAGAAUGGUGGAAGUGUUCAAUGGGAAUCUGAUCCGAAUCGCCAGGGUACAGUAGCAUCUUCUGGCUCUCAAACUAUCACCUUGUCAUGGAAGUAGGUCCAAUGGCUUUGACAUCAGGGUAUACCUGUGGGCAGAAUAUUUCUGAGUUGUACUUACUAUCAUGUAUCAGUGUAACACCAAACCAAACCAAACUCAC